GCGCCGUGCAGUUCACACUGCGUGAUUGUAUAAAAGCUUCAGAAUCUGAGAAAAAGGAAUUUUCCCCAUAGCGUCUUGUCUUAUUAAUAAUCAAUAUUAAUUAAUAAGACGAACGACGCAGUACUCGUGUAGUAUCACAAGGGAACCUGGCUUCUCUCGAGACUCUCCUGCUUCAGAGCGGUCAUGGUUAAUGAUAUGCUAAAUCCCACUGGCACGUUGUCUUGAUUAGUUACAAGGUAGUCUUUGAGAAACACCAGCGAUUUACCGCGGGUUUGAGACUGUCUUUUUUUCCUUGCAGUUUUAAACAUAAAAUACUCAGCAAUGGUGUUGACUUAUGAAUUUGCACAUGGUUUGUCUUAAAGCAUAUUAAAAACACCACAUAGACAUAUAAACAACAUUAAAAACUUGAUUUUCACCACAGGGGGUCUCUUUUUUUUUUUUUGCCUUGUGGGGUACUCUCUGCGUUGAUCAUAAAGCACGAUGGGAAACGACUCAGCUAAUUAGUGGUUUAAAGUAACAACCGUGAUGUAUUGCUCUCUUUUUUAUGUUUGGUUUUUAAACUCUGAUACUACUUUUGGUCUCGUAGCGGUCUUAUCCACUGCUAUAAGAGAGAACUGACCGUCUUGACUGCACUUAUUUCUCUCCUCCCUCACUGCAGUCGCCUGUUCUCGCCUAAAUUUCAGGCGAGGCCAUCUCAAACGAGCCUAAUGUCACGCUGACCAAAGGAAGAUUAACUAGUGACGUAGUCAGAACGUAGGCUACCAUGUUUGCUGAGUAUGAGGUCUCUGCGGAACAAAAGUGGGAGUUUCUGUAUUUGUGGGUGUUUUCAAACUGGUGGGUGUUUAUAUAUCAUGCAAUGAAAAUGAUCACCUUCACCCGACCCCACCCCCUAAACUCUACCCACACUCUGACGUGGGCAAAUCAGGUAACGCUCUCAAAAACGCCCCUCUGUUUAUGGCCUCGCCCAUCAAUCAUUAAUGUCCUGCAGAGACCUGUACUUGUGUUUGCUGGGUAAUCACAUGCACGCGAUCGCCAUCCUCCUCAUUAUAAUCUCCGUGGUCCUUUCUGAUUGUCAAGAUAUUGAGAGGGCCAGUGGGGAGAGUAGUCAUCUCCUGAGGAAACGCUGCACAGAUACAACACUGAUAUAAAACGUAACGUUGUGGUCAUGUGAAAGAGAUUGAAGAAAGGGAAUGUUUGUUUUUGUGCGCCAAAUUAAGUCAAUUGGAGUUGUGAUGGAUUAACUUGUCAGGAGACGUACGUCUCAGGUUGUUUCACGUCAAGGACUUUUUCUCGAUUUUCUCUAUGCGAAUAACUAGCGAAGGGUAAAAAUACGCGUUUUUGCUGUCUUUUUAAUCUGCAACCAAUAUCAUCGUGAAGAGGCAAUUGCCAUAGGUUUAUUAAAUCCUUUGUAAUUUUAUCCCCAGACAUUUGGCUGUCAAUGUUAUGAUUAAAUUGAUAAACAGUUUUAAAAUUGUUUAUUAACCAUACGUUUAUUACAAAUGAUGGACACGAGAUGCGUUGUUUGUUUGCUCAUUCUCCUGUCUGGACACCUCGUCUUGAUAAGUGCUCAAGGGAAGGAUUUUUAUCAGAGCCAAUUUUCCACUGGACCCGUGUCUCCAACUUUCAAAUCUGCACUUGGAAAAGGCAAUGUGGUCAAUGAUUCCAUGCCUCGACGACCAAGAGUUUUGCCGCCUAUGUGCACAGGUCCCACGGAAAUCAGGGAUACUUUCAAGUAUAUUAACACCGUGGUUUCAUGCCUUGUAUUUGUAGUUGGUAUAAUCGGAAACUUCACGCUGCUCAGAAUCAUUUAUAAAAAUAAAUGCAUGCGUAACGGUCCUAAUAUCCUCAUUGCAAGUCUGGCGCUCGGGGACCUGUUGCAUAUCAUGAUAGACAUACCCAUCAACGUGUAUAAGCUUCUGGCGGAAGAUUGGCCAUUUGGUGUUGGACUUUGCAAACUGGUUCCUUUUAUACAAAAGGCAUCAGUUGGCAUCACAGUUCUGAGUUUGUGUGCACUGAGCAUAGACAGAUUUCGAGCAGUGGCAUCGUGGAACCGCAUCAAAGGCAUCGGCGUCCCCAAAUGGACAGCUAUUGAAAUCAUUCUGAUAUGGAUGCUGUCCAUAAUACUUGCAGUGCCAGAGGCCAUCGCUUUUGAUAUGAUCACAAUGGACUACAAAGGAGAGCUGCUUAGGAUUUGCCUGCUCCACCCUAUGCAGAAAAACAAGUUCAUGCAGUUUUAUAAGUCAGCCAAAGAUUGGUGGCUUUUCAGUUUCUACUUCUGCAUGCCGCUGACGUGUACUGCCAUCUUCUAUACUCUUAUGACGUGUGAAAUGCUUCGAAAGAAGAAUGGAGUCCAAAUUGCACUUAAUGAUCACCUAAAACAGAGGCGUGAGGUGGCUAAAACCGUGUUCUGUCUGGUGCUAGUCUUUGCACUGUGCUGGCUUCCACUGCACCUCAGCCGUAUUCUUAAGCUUACCAUUUAUGAUGAAAGAGACCCUAACCGCUGUGAGCUUUUGAGUUUCUUCCUGGUUCUUGAUUAUAUCGGGAUCAACAUGGCAUCAGUGAACUCAUGCAUAAACCCAAUCGCUUUGUACAUGGUUAGCAAACGCUUCAAGAGCUGCUUCAGAUCAUGUCUAUGUUGCUGGUGCCUGCCUCCUGAAAUGUUAGUAAUGGAUGACAAGCAGUCCUGCAUGAAGCUGAAGGUGACAGAGCGAGGAUCUGAACAAAGCAAUAGCCGUGCCUCCAACAAAUACACUUCAGCUUAGGCACUGAUCUGCAUACAGGUAUCGGUGGCCUACCAAUUGCAUUUAACAUUUAGCUAAUACCAUGAAACCUAACUCUGAGUCAGCUUGAGGGAUACUCAUAAUAAGUGAAUAUGAUGCUACAGCAUGAAAGGUAAAUCUAGCUUUGUGCUAGAAAAGGUACAAAAAAAGGUAUGUAUCUUUGAGUCCCAGUUUUUAUAUUUAAUCCUGACUGGUAUUGUUUUACAUGUAGUGUUAGGAACUGCUUUAAGUUUGAUUUAACAUUGGCAUCCUGCGGUGACCAAGAGAGCGCAACGCGCUGCAACUGAAGAAAACACAUGCAAAUAGAAAAAACACCAGCAGAUUAAUACAUCUUCAUCAGUUUGGCGACACGUGCCGCAAAUACUCACAACACAACCAAAUACAGAAAUGUGCUGCAAAUAGCACAGACCACACAGAAAUGUUUUAAGGAAACACCAACAAGUGACAAACCUGGCUGGGACAUGCUUAUUGUUCAAUAUCUACUCAUCAGUGAUGUUGUUGAUGACCUGAUGAGUUUUUUGUUUAUUUUAACAUCCUGAUCGUAUGUGUGUUGUGAGUAUUUGCGCAUUAGUGCAUUUUUGUAUUUGGAAACAUGAGUAUUUGCAGCACGUGUUGUCAAACUAAUGAUGUUUUCUUAAUUUGCUGGUGUUUUUUCCAUUUGCAUGUGUUUUCGUCAAAGUUUAAAAAAAAGUCAAAUUCAUCCGAAUGAUUUAACACUGAUUCAGUAUCUCAGCAUUGACAUUGUCACACUAUCUGAACAACACUGUGCAAGUUUUUCCCAACCUUCAUAUAUUCUUGCUUCAUGGAAAUAUUACACCAAAUUUGAAUGUGACUUCACAUGCUCUCUGUAGUUCCCUGUACAUUUAAUGAUUUUCCAAAUGUCAUAAAGCAAUUGAUUGUAAGAACAAUGGUAGAUUUGUUUUUGGUGUACGUAUUUAAAGAAUUGCCCUAAAGCCUUUUUCAUGGUAUUUAAUGAACUCUAAUACAGAAGAGGGUAACACUUUAGAAUACUGAUCCUUCAUUAAUGAAUAACUACACAGGAACAAAUGAGUAAUGCAUUGUUAACACUCUAGCAACUACUAUUAACUAAGAAAAAACUCUGAUUAAUGAGUUAGUAAGUAAUAGUGCUCAGUUGAAGGUGGUAGUUCCCUAUUAGCUAAUCAGUAACUACUAUUUUUUCAUACCUCCCAGAGAACUACUAAGAACUACUAUAUACAGGUUCAUAAUUAAUGUGAAUAAUGCAUAAUGUAUAAUUAAUUCUAAAGUGAAGAUUAUGGUAACCCACUAGUAAUGACUGAAGUAUUACCAAAUCCUUCAGAAGGAAUUACUAAUUAUUUGGAUCAGUAUUCUAAAGUGAGAAACAUGAUAACUCUCUAGUAACUACUGGAGACAUUGUAAACUUUUGAGGUUUUUGUAAAGUUAUGGAUAGUAAUAACUUAAGAGUUACUACAUAAUUCUAAAGGAACUACUACUUAUUUGAAUCAGUAUUCUAAAGUGAAGAUCAUGGUAACCCACUAGUAAUUACUAGUGUGUGAUGUGGUUUCACAGUUCAGUAUGUAUCUUUGUUUAUAUAUGUUUUUGUAAUAUUAUGUUAUUGACAUUAUUAUUAGCUUUGAAAUGCUGGGGGGGAUGGGGGUGUGUGAUGUGGUUUCACAAUUCAGUAUGUAUCUUUUAGAAUGGUGUAUUUGUCAGUGUUUGUCAAAGAUUCACUUUAGAUCUGAGUUUUCUUAGAGCCUUUUACACAGGUUGUAUGAUUAAUCUCCAACAUGACACAAGGCUUCAAACAUUUUACUAAUCACUUAAUUGUAUUAUAAUUCCUGCUGUCUCUGUUAACUUUUUUUGUAGUUCUUUUUUAAAAAAAAUAUAUAUUUAUGUAUUUCUUUGGUGUAUUGUCCAUCUUUUGUGUUUUACUGUUAAGACUUUUUUGUCUUAAAUUUGUUGCAAUGCAAAGUUUAAGACAAUAAAGACAGAAAACUAUAUGUUUA